AUGACCGUUGACCUUGAGUUUCGUUUGCAAGCGAGAACUAUCCUGAUCUCGCCAGACCAAGCCCUGUGCGAUAAUGGUGGCGCGGUCCGCAUGUUUAGUGCAGGCGGGCCUGGAUCCACUCCCACACACAGCGGCGGCAGCGAGCCGUCCCUGCACUCCGUCACGCCGUCGUCAUCGACGUCGGAGCUCUGCGGGUCGUCAGAUGAAGUGGACGAGCAGAGUUCGUCCGCGCCAGUGGCUCAUGCAGUGGCGCAGCUGCUGGAGGCGCUUGGGGAGGAUCCCUGCCGCCACGGCCUCGUCAAGACGCCUCAACGCGUCGCUAGAGCCAUGGAUUCCGCCACUCAAGGCUGUUUGCUUCCGUUGCGACUGCGCUGCCACGUGGCGUACGUGCCGCACAGCCAUCGGGUGGUGGGCCUCAGCAAAUUGCCACGCGCGGCCGUGGCUCUCUCGCGCCGCCGCGUGUGCGCGCAGUCCUUGGCGCGCCUGCUGUGCCGCACAGUGGAGGAGGCGCUAGCGCCGCUGGGCGUGGCAGUGGUGGUGGAGGCGGCGCACCUCGUUGGGCUCGAGGAGAGCGUCACUGCCGCUCCUGCCAGUGCGGACAACCGGGAUUCGCGCGCAGGUGUCGGCUCUAGCAACGAAGGAGCGGCUGGAUGGGCGCGGGAAGGCGAAGCUGGGCACGAGUUGGCGUGUGGCGCGGUGGGAGUGUUUUCGAAGCAGAGCGAGCUGGUGGACGAGGUGCUGGCGCUGCUGCAGUUGGACCCAGACGCCGUCUCCGUCGCGCUUCUAGACGACGCUGCCUCUCAAGAGGGGGAUGUGAACUUGACCGGAGCAGACGAGACCCUAGGAACCUGCGUAUCCGGCGUGACGGAGUUGCCUGAGGACGCUGUUUGCCCUGUGCUAAGGCCACGCGCGUCAGGGAGGGUAGUGCAAGGCCGAGCAGUGCGCAGUAUUUGUGGUGACUGCGACAUGCGUGCGUGGCUGUCACGUUGUCUACCGGGGCCCGCUCUCAGCGGUGCAGGCGGCACUGCCCUGCAGGAGGCCAUCCCAGGCGCGCGGAGUACAGACGGGCUCCUUGCCUCGUGGCGCCUGCUGUGCCGGUGGCUGGGUGCGAGGGAAGAGAGCGGCGCACAGCGGUGUGGUGAGAAGGUGCCGCUGUCAGAGGCAAUGCAGGCUGACGACGAGGGAGGAACACGCGAGCAGGUGGACCAACAGAAGCUGAGGGGCACAGCAGACGCGGACACAGAGACGGAUGUUGAUGAGGCGAGAGUACCAUUGUCAGGCCUGUCCGUGUGUGUUGCUCGAUACCUCCGCUAUCUCUCUGCCGCCACACGUGGCACACACCUCCAUCUGCACGAUGUUCUUGCCCUUCCCCAGUCAUCAGAAUGCCGCUUGCGCCCUCCAAACGGAACACAUGAUGCUGCUUGUUCGGUACCAACAAACGAGGACAAAAUAGUAGCUUCACAUGAUGUAGAGAGCAUGGAGAGGAAGGGAGACCCAUGCGCUCAGCCUGAGGCAGCUGCAUUUGGCUGCAGAGGAGCAGGCGAAGGACUGUUGCCGGAAGCUGUGGUGUGCGGAGAGCAGAGCAUUAAUGGAGUUGAUGGACAGCGUGUAGCGGCUGGGUCUGGUAUGCCACCCAGAGCAGUUGGGGGCGUGCACACUCCUUGCAGGCUCACAGACAUUCCCAUGGAGAUGCAUUUGGCUGUGCCUUUCUCAUCUCUCUGUGAACACCACCUGCUGCCUUUCUUUGGGGUUGUCCAUGUGGCGCUUUGCCGAUCACAAGCCUGCUCAACCACCCUCGCAUCCCCUGCCACUGCAGUCGCUGCUGAGUCAGUGACGCCCCUUCUGUCAGCUGAGGCACUACCUGCUAUUUGCUGGCUCUAUGGCCGCCGAUUACAGGUUCAGGAGCGCUUCACCCGUCAGGUGGCCGAAGCAGUCAUGGAGGCAUGUGGUGGGCAGGCCGAGGGGGUGAUGGUGGUGGUGGAGGCACACCACAUGUGCAUGAUUGUCAGGGGGGUGGAGAAAACGGCUACCACCACAUCGACUGUUGCUACGUUUGGCACCUUCUCCUUGUUUCCACGCAUGAGAGCCAGGUUCCUUAGUACGCUGCCACGGGCAAACCCACGGUGA